CUGUAUGUCUAGGAGGAAAUGGUCCAAUGAAUCUUCUUUAAUAUGAUACUUGCUCCUACGGUACCAAGGUUGAAAAAAUUGAACAGUCAUUAACAACCAUAGACGAAGGAUUCCUUGACAAGUUAAGGAUUAGUAAUCGUUUGUAGGAGUUGAAUGGGUUCGGUCUUAUACAUACGGUUACACGAGGAAGGUAGGUCAAUCACACCUGUUGAGCUAGGGCCAGUACUAGUGAAUAGGAAAAGUAAUCGAGAUUACUAUUGACGGAGAAUAGGAUAAAGGAAAGUAUGAAAGAAUGCGAGAUAAUUCCACACUCCAUUAGUGGUAUUGGAUAAGACCCCUUACACAAAAAAGUACUCUUUUUAAGUUUUUCUUUUCUUUUUCUUUGAGAUUUUUCAUACCCCUUACACAAACAAGUACUCUUUUAAGUUUUUCUUUUCUUUUUCUUUGAGAUUUUUCAUUAACCGGGUCCAGUUUCCUGUUUCCAUUUAAAAGAUGCUACAAAGGCAUGGAUGGGAGUACGUGUACGUACGUACGUAUGUAUAUAUCAUAAGUGUAGCAACAUGUUUUCAAGUAGUUUCUAACAAAUGGACUUCAGUUUAAUGAAUUUGUUAUAUGAAAAUCAUUAGCAUAGAAAGCUAUUUUCAUCUAAAACCAAUUAUACAGCCUCACAAUAUAACUCAAAUUGCUCGAUGACAUUACUGUGGAAGUAUUCUUGUUGUGUAGAUGAGAACUAACUUGUUUCAUGACAUUCUUUUGUCAUCGCUGUCAUAUUGUAGAAACUCUGGAUCCAGAAGUCAAAAUCUUGAGCCUGGCAAUCAAAUCCCAGGGUAGAGAGGAUAUUUUUCUUACAAUCCCUGAGAAUGGACACCCAAAAGGCCCGUGGUUUACUUUGAAGGAGGGUAGUCGUUAUAGCCUUAAAUUUACAUUCCAGGUCAGCAACAAUAUUGUUUCAGGCCUCAAGUACAGGAACACCAUUUGGAAAACUGGCAUCAAAGUGGACAGUACCAAAGAAAUGAUUGGAACCUUCAGCCCUCAGUCAGAAUCUUAUACACAUGAGAUGCCCGAGGAGAGAACCCCGUCUGGCAUAUUUGCUAGAGGAUCAUAUUCAGCUAAAACACAGUUUCUUGAUGAUGACAACAGGUGCUACUUGGAGAUGAAUUAUACAUUUGAGAUCAAGAAGGAUUGGCUGGCUACUGCAUAACUUGAGACUUAUUACUAGAAGUAUUUUUUCUUUGUCCUCGAAAUGUAUCUCAUUUCAGUUUUGAGUAUUUUAUGUCUGGUCAUUGUGCUGUGAUCACAGCAGCAGACGAUACGAAAGGGAGGGAAGAAAGAAAUUUCUUAAGAUUGAGACGAUGAGGCUGAUAAAUUCAGUUGUUAGGUUUAAUUAAUAUGUUGAGUAUCAUUCAAUAAAGUUGAACUUGACAUUGACAUUUUAACAAAAUCCUCUGUGUUUGUCUUUC